AUUUGCAGUAAUGAAACGUCAUCGGCAGUCGAAGGACCCCGAGCCGAUCCUGCACCCGAGCAGAUCCUGUACAGACACCGGUCGGUCUGUUUGGACUUAGAAAAAACUGACACUAGGGGGUGCUAAAGGCAAGAAAAACUGCCUAGAAUCCCUUUAAAUGCGAGGUACAUAUAAACAUUCUAAAGUAGCUUUAAAUAUUCCUUAAAUUUUACUACCCGCCAUCGUUCUGAUGCAAAGUAAGUAACCCAUCAUUUAUGUUUCCCUUAAGUUCCUUUUCUGGCCUCUACAGCAAAGCGAAUCAUUUUUGUGAGCCUAUCUUUGACCACAAAUGGGAGCUGCUAACCAAUGAGAAUGUGACCCAGUUCCUAGCACGCACUACAGGGUGAUGCAGAUGCCUCAGUCAGCUUAGAACACCAGCCUAGCUUGAAUGCUAACUCAUCCCGCAUAUCGAAAACAUGUGGCUGCAGCGGCUCUACAUUAGCGCUACUUGUGCGUGUGCAGUAUGAGGCGUUGCUCGAGCUGCUCCUACAAUGGGAGGGAGAGCAGCGGGAGUUAUGGCUGUUUGAAUUUCAAACUCCAUGGUCUCCUUGAUGUUGCCACAUCACGGACCACAGCUUCAAUGCUGUUUUGAGACACUUCACACCUGAUCUCUGUUUCUCCAAACUGAGGCUGUACAACGAGGAGGGAUCGAUUGGUAACAUGGUAAUGGCUUAUUUCCACUAAAAUGUCACUUUAGUACUCAAUAUUUAUUGUCUUAGUUUAGUUUAAAACAGUAAAUGUCAGAAUAACGGUUGAAUUUUAUUCUGUCAUUAGAUUUGCUGCAGCUUAAAAGCUCAAGUGCAUGCCAUACUUGCCAUCAGUGAUAUUUGGAUUUUUCUUUUCAAAAUCUCUGUAUAAUAUCAUUUUCACUCUGAGUUUACCUGCAACUUAAUUUAAUAAGAACUAGUUUAAAAUCAGAUUAGGUUUGUUGUUAUACCAAAAUCAGAUUACAAAAGGAGAAUGUAUUGAGUUUUGAUUAAGUCUUAAGUUCUUUGGUCCUCUGGCUGCAGCAGCAGCGGUCCCUCAUUCCCUCGCUGGUGCGCCCAGGGGAUGAGGGAGGGGGAUGGGUCUGGGGAUUUGCUGCCAUGAUAGUUAUCCUAUAGUGAUGGCAUCUGGGAUGCUGCAGAACAGAGAUGUAUUAUGAGCUGGAGAUUUCCACCGACAAUCCCCUCCCACUGGGGAGGAGGAAUCCUGCUCAGAUCACUCUGCAAAUGAGGACAUCACAGUCCUCUGAUGGGAGUCUGAAUGGGAUUUCCAUUUUUUUUUCAGGAAACCAGAUCUGCGGCCAGUGAGAAGUGCUACAUGCUUCUGUCUUAUUUUCUGAAAUCUGUAAACAUUUUGUGUGGAGCAGAUUGUUAUUUCUGUUGUGGCUCACAGAUGUUUUUGUGUGAAACGAUGACUUUUGCCCACUUUCUAAGACUGGUGAAUAUUAAAAAGAAAGUGAGAGCCAAAAUGCUUUUUCACCACAGAUUUGGACUUUAACUGCUGGAUUUUUUAGAGCGAAGCCUGUUCGUACGCUUGGCACCAUGCCCUACCAUGAUGAGGAGUACCCAGGCCAGCCUCUCUGGCAGUCUGUGCUGCUUUUCUGCUGCAAGGGCAUGAUCGAAGGCAUCAUGAUCCUUCUCUUCUUCUGGCUCCUGGUGCAGGUCCUCUUCACAAAACAACUGGAAGUUCACCUUCAGGUUCUUCUUUUGGUCGGACUGAUCAUAUUUUGUCUGACUUUGAUUCUGGGAUGCAUCAUGUGCUGGAAGAAAAGUGACUUGUGCUCAGGAAAAGACAAAGCUCCGGUCCCAUCAGCCCUGCCUGCUGUUGAGCCGUUGAACUCUGCUCGUAGCCGACGUCCUUCAGGAGCUACCGCUGCAUCCAGGCAGCUGUACGAGGAGCUAGAUGGAGACCUGCUGGAGUACCCCUCCACCUUCACCAGCCCAGCCCCGUCUCAGAGUGAAAUAGUCUCUCAGCCAUUUUCUGAUCAAGAUCAUAAUCAGAGAACAACUUAUUUCUCCGUUCGCCGCCUCAGCUCCCCUCUGCAAACAGCACCCCUCUACAAACCCAUGCAUCCCAGCCGUGCUUCGCUGCCUUCGCUUCCCUCACUGCCCAAACUGGGGAUGUUGACUAGAACAUGUAAGGCCAUGCAAAGGCACAGCAGUGUCACAGGUGACAAUAAAUCCUACAAUGAACACAGCAGACUCACCAUCAACUCCUCAUUAAUGCCUGGAAAUCUAAUCCCUAUGGCUCAACUGAACUACGGCUCCAAUGCAAACUGCAAACAGCUGUUUUCAUUUAAACCCUGCCUCCAUUUUACCAUGGCCCUCUGUCUGGAGCAGCAUACUUUAACAGUCACUGUCUUAAACCUCACUGGGAGGCCUCAGGGAUUGGAGGAUGUUACUGUGCUGGGAAGUCUGCCACCCCUGCAUGAAUGUCCGACUCCAGCCACAACUCGGAGAAGCCUAAGCCCUGAGUCGCUCAGCUUGGUGCUGGUUUUUAACGUGAGCUCUGUGAGCGAGAUCCCAAGCUGUGAACUACGGUUAGCUGUUUAUGAGGACAACACACAGAGCACAGACGGCUGCGCUCUGGGUGAGGUGGAGUUCAAAUGUGAAGGAAGAGACUGGAGAAAAGAGCAUCCAUUGAUCCUCGUGAAAGAACUUACUGCAAACAAAGUGAACACUGAAAAGUCACUGCAAAGUCAGACCUCCCAGGAUGUACUGAGGGGGUCCAGCUGUCCUCCACAGAUCUUCAUUGGGCUUCAGUAUCAGGCUCUGACCCAUUGCAUCAAAGUCACGGUCCUCAGAGCUGAAAACCUCCAAAAGCUUGUUCACACACAGAUGGCAGCAGAUUACCAGGUGAUUAUAAACCUGCACAACGAGGGAGUUUUGAUCAGCAGCAGAGAAACAACACGAGAAUCCUGCACCGUUUGGAAUAAAACAUCCUUCCUGUUUAAGCUGCCUCCAGGGGACAUCCAUCAGCUGCCAGUCCUGUUUGAGUUUGUAAUCAUGCAGUGUCAUGCAUGCUCAGAUAGCACAGCUGUUGGUCGAGUGCGGAUCGGUGCAGAUGCUGCAGAUGCAGGACGUAAUCAUUGGAUGGACAUGUGCAGCCUGCAGGUGGAGCGUGCACGCUGGCACAUCAUUCAACCAGAGACACUUCAACAUGUCGGUGCUGCAAAAGUGUUAUAACCAAUGAAAUCACAAAGUGUUGCACUUACUAUCUUCUUUCAAAGUCAGUGUUUCACACAUCAGGAAACAAUGAAAGAAGUCCUAAAAUCAGGAAAUACAUCCUUAAAUGAAUCGUCAUGUUAUAAGAAUGAAGGUGUAUUAAAAAUAAAUUACCUUUUAAUUAUUUUUCAUUUUCAAGCAGCCAUAUUUGUCUUUUUUUAACAUGAGAUGAUUUUAGUUUUUAAUUAGCACUCUUUGAAAAUACUUCAUGCUGACUGUGAGGUUUCAGAGUCUAAAAUAAAAUUAGUUUUCUCCGCAGGUUGGCAGGGCUCUCCCUUAGAGAUAGGGGGAGAAGCACGUUCUUCUGGGAGGGGCUCAGAGUAGACCCGCUGCUCCUCCACAUUGAGAGGAGCUAGAUGAAGUUGCUCAGGCAUCUGGUUAGGAUGCCUCCCUGGUGAGGCUUUCCAGGCACGUCCAAAACCAAGACCUAAAGGAAGACCCAGGACACGCUGGAGGGACUGUUUCUCUCAGCUGGCCAAGGAACGCCUUUGGAUACCCCCGGAGGAGCUGGCCUAUUGGCUGGGGAGAGGGAAGUGUAAGCCUCCCUCCUAAAGCCUAAUUUAUAGGCUCUGUCCCUCUGCGUUGGGACAGACACACACAACACCAUUAUUCGUCCUUGCGAUGGCUCUCCGGCAGGCUUGCAAGGACGGACGGAGUCGAGCUCCCUUUACUAAACAUCCAUCCAUCGAGAUGGAGAACGCAAGCUUGUGAUUGGUCAGGACGCUGCUGUCAUCUACAGGGCCGCCAUUGCGCCUUCAAAAACAUAAAGAGAGCCGAGGCUAUCUAGCGGCAGACAUGGAGAAGCUUGAAGAAUACCUCAUGGAAAAAACUCUAAAAAUAUUAACGUUUUAUUCCCCUGUGACUGGAGGAGUGAAAAUGUGUGCAGCACAGUGGACGGAAAUGAUGUGAAAUGUAGGUUUAGGGGUGGUGAGUGCAUGAUGAGGUGGAGGAGAAUGAGGGACAAAUUUGUCCGUGUUAAAAAGUCUCUUAAAUACAAAAAUAAAAAUAAAAAGCACUAUAUAAAUGCACUGUCUUGGACCAGAUCUAUGACAGGAUACCCCAGAACAGCGCUACGCCCUCUGUUGUCCUGGCGGGAAUUUGCUUUGCAACACUCCCCGGGAGACGGAGAAGUAUGAGGGCAAAUUGUCUCUGGCCGUGCGUGCGUUUCUUUCCCUGGCGGAGCUCAUGGAGAAGAAUAAAUUAGGCUACUGCCCCCGCGACCCAGCGCCGGAGAGAAUGGAUGAAUGAUGGCAUCAAACAAUUUUAAUAGGUGGUUUAUUUUUGCAACUUUCUGAUGUUUAUAUCCCAGAAAAAUCAGGAAAAGUGAUGCAAGUUAUUGAAUUUAGCACUUUGGUUUUU